AUGGUUCGCGGCGCCUUCUCCGCUGUCUUCGCUGCAGCAGCCCUCGCUGGCACCGCCUACGCUGGCGCAAAAUGCACAAAGGACAGCCACUGCCCAUCAGAGACACCGUGCUGCUCGCUAUACGGCGAUUGCGGUAUCGGCGCUUUCUGCCUUGGCGGUUGCGACCCGCUCAUGUCGCACUCCUUCGAUUCUUGCGUACCCGGUCCCGUCUGCAAGUCCGGCACAUACGCCCUCGACUCGCUCAGCAAUGUUCAGAGCAUUGACAAGUACCUCGGCGACUCGUCCAAGAUCGACUGGCAGUCGCAGGGCAUGCCCGCCAUCUACACUGACCCUAGCAGCGGCAAGAAGUCGACUCUCUUGACUAUGGCAGAGGGCACAGUUGGAACUUUGUUGGCAUCAACACAUUACGUUUGGUACGGCAAGAUCUGCACCAAGGCCACCACAGCUCAGGGCAAGGGUGUCGUGACGGCCUUCAUUCUCAUGUCUGACGUUAAGGAUGAGAUUGACUUUGAGUGGAUUGGUAUCGACACCUCGCACGUCCAGUCCAACUUCUACUCCCAGGGCGUCACAGUUUACACGAACGGUAAGAACAUGACUGUACCUGGAGGCAACACCGUCCAGAAUAUGCACGAGUACUGCAUCGACUGGAAGGAGGACUCGCUCACCUGGUCCAUCGACGGCAACGACCUGCGCACACUCAACCGCAAGGACACAUGGAACGGCACCUCUGGCCGCUUCGACUACCCACAGACACCCUCCCGCAUCAUGCUUUCGCUCUGGCCCGCCGGUCUGCCCACCAACGCGAAGGGUACUAUCGACUGGGCUGGUGGUGAGAUCGACUGGAACAGCCCCUACAUGCAGAACGGCUACUACUAUGCUCGCUUCCAGGAACUCACCGUCGACUGCUACGACGCACCAGACGGCACCAAGAAGUCUGGCUCCAAGAGCUACAAGUACAACGACUACGCCGGUACCAACAACACCGUCGAAAUCACAAAUGACCAGGUCAUCCUUGGCUCGCUCAUGGGCACUGGCGAGAACCCUGGCGAUGCACCUAAGUCUGGCGACUCCGAGGCGACACAAACAGCAGAUGUUGCCAACGUUCCCGGUGGUAACGUUGGAGGUGGUAACCGCGCUGAGGAGACUUCCACGCAGGCUGCUACAGGGACAGGCAGCGGCGCGCAAGCUACAGGAGACUCCGGCAGCGAUAGCGGUAGCUCCACACAGUUCGUCCAGGGCAGUAGCUCAACAGAGCAAAGCACUGGUGCUGCGGCGAGCAUCGAGCCAAAGCUUGCUGGCUCGAUUCUUGCUGUUGUCGUUGCCAUUGCUGGUUUGGCUGCUGGACUGUAG